AUGCAUGCUUGCGUGGCGGCGCAGCUAGAUUACGAAAUACAGCGGUUUGAUGUGGACACCGCGUUUCUCUAUGGCCGCAUGGAUGAAGAAGUAUACAUGCGUCAGCCAGAUGGCUAUGAAGACGUAUCUGAACUAGGUUUGAUAUGUUUGCUGCACCACGCUCUGUAUGGUACCAAACAGGCCGCGCGGGCGUGGUACGAGACAUUACGUAGUCAUUUUAACAAGCGAGGGUUCGAGUCCCUUAAGGCUGAUCCAUGCGUUUUCUUCAAGACUGUAUCACGUGUUGGAUUUUGCGCGGUGAUUCCUUAUGUGAAUGAUUUGAUUGUUAUUGCCCCAGAACUGGACGACAUUACAUUAGUGCGUGACGGACUAAAGGGACAAUUUGAUAUCAAGGAGAUUGGUGAGAUGCGCUAUUGUUUGGGUAUAGAAGUGCGACAUGACCGCGCCUCACGCACAUGGGAGCUAAACCAACGCUGUUAUAUUCGUAAGAUUGCUGAACGUUUUCAGUUGGCCGACUAUUCCGAUUCAUUUGCUGCCUGGAAGGACGAGGCUUUCGAGUUGUGGCAGACGCAGUGGGCGUCGGCGUAUCCAGAAAAUUCGCGCUCACGUGAAGUAAUCCAGCACAUCUAUGACACUUACUUCCUCGUGAACAUCGUCGACAAUGAUUAUGCCAAUGAGAAAUCGGACAUCUUUAGCAUCUUUGCGCGGAUAAUCACAGAGACCAUGGACAAGGAGCAGCUGUGUGCGCGUGUGGUUGAGCUCGAGACCCGGCGUGACAAAAUGUUCGAAACGCUGGCGGCAUUCCAGUCGCUUCAAAAGGAGCUGAAGGAUGAGCUGUGCGCUGCGCAUUCAAAGAUAGCGGACGUGUGUAACGAAAAUUUUCAGUUGAAGGAGAAGGUUCGCCAAUUGAAGGCUCAACUCGCACUUUCAUCGAUUUAA